CUCCCGCCCCCAGACUGCUUCUUUAUUCAUUACUAACCUUUACCUUGGCAGAUGAAAUAUAAGAUUCAUCAACCACAUUUGACAGCCCAUGGCAGGUUUCCUGUUUUCCAUCGUCCCUCUGCAGGUCACAGACACACAGAGCCCAGCCGUGGCAGGCUCAGCCGGGGUCCGGGGCUGCUAACAACGGCUACAUUCCUCCCCCAGGGCCAAGGGAAAUCCUGAGCGCAGGCCAGGGUUGUUUGGUUUUGAGGUGUGCUGGGAUGAAAGGCACCCUGGAAGUGGAAGAUUCGGUCAUUCAUUAAUUAAUUAUAUCUAUAAUUGAGGGUUUGUUCUUAAGAGCGAGUCCUUUGAAAGUACUUUCCUUCAAACAGUGACUGCCACAAAGGCAUCAGAUAUUCACCACCUUCUCGGCUGCCUCAGCACAGCAAGCUUUAUUCUGGGACCCGAGAUCCUGUUCUGAGCUGGCUUUCCCUUCUCCAGGCUCGCUCAUCCUCCCUUUAGAGGUGGGGCUUAUUGGGGGUGGAAAAAGGUGUGUGUAUCUCUGUUGUUUAAUGUCUGGUUUUUUGUUGCUGUUGUUGUUUUGUUUUGUUUUUGGUUUUUGGUUUUUUUUAAGGAAAUCAAUACUACAUCGAAUAUGCUUUCUUUUGGGUGGACUUUAACCUAACCCUUUCCAGGUAAAUGAACAAUGGAAAAACUUCACGGCAAGAUUAGAAAGAUACCUGAGCCUAAUACCCGCCUGAUGUCGUGGGCCACACCUCCGGGUUACCAGGGGAAGGGAGGAAGCAAACUGUCAUAUUGAUGUGGCUCUAAACAACAACAGUGUGCGAAGGCCCAGGGGCACUUUGGGAUUGACCAAGAGGAAACACAAGUUGCACAAUGAUACGAUCUUGUUGGUACAAUUGUCAGAGAAGGGAACUCCCACAGCAAAGGCCAUAAAACCAUCCAGGGCAGUCUGGGGCGGCUCAGUUCUGCGGUGCCAGGGAGUGGAGCAGAGCUCAGCCCCGUCCCAAACACAGAUGGGACCAUGAACUCCGGACACAGCUUCAACCAGACCCCCUCGGCCUCCUUCCAUGGCGCCGGAGGUGGCUGGGGCCGGCCCAGGAGCUUCCCCAGGGCUCCCACCAUCCAUGGCGGUGCGGGGGGAGCCCGCAUCUCCCUGUCCUUCACCACGCGGAGCUGCCCACCCGCUGGAGGGUCUUGGGGUUCUGGAAGAAGCAGCCCCCUCCUAGGCGGAAAUGGGAAGGCCACCAUGCAGAAUCUCAACGACCGCCUGGCCUCCUACCUGGAGAAGGUUCGCGCCCUGGAGGAGGCCAACAUGAAGCUGGAAAGCCGCAUCCUGAAAUGGCACCAGCAGAGAGAUCCUGGCAGUAAGAAAGAUUAUUCCCAGUAUGAGGAAAACAUCACACACCUGCAGGAGCAGAUAGUGGAUGGUAAGAUGACCAAUGCUCAGAUUAUUCUUCUCAUUGACAAUGCCAGGAUGGCAGUGGAUGACUUCAACCUCAAGUAUGAAAAUGAACACUCCUUUAAGAAAGACUUGGAAAUUGAAGUCGAGGGCCUCCGAAGGACCUUAGACAACCUAACCAUUGUCACAACAGACCUAGAACAGGAGGUGGAAGGAAUGAGGAAAGAGCUCAUUCUCAUGAAGAAGCGCCAUGAACAGGAAAUGGAGAAGCACCAUGUGCCAAGUGACUUCAGUGUCAAUGUGAAGGUGGAUACAGGUCCCAGGGAAGAUCUGAUUAAGGUCCUGGAGGAUAUGAGACAAGAAUAUGAGCUUAUAAUAAAGAAGAAGCAUCGAGACUUGGACACUUGGUAUAAAGAACAGUCUGCAGCCAUGUCCCAGGAGGCAGCCAGUCCAGCCACUGUGCAGAGCAGACAAGGUGACAUCCACGAACUGAAGCGCACAUUCCAGGCCCUGGAGAUUGACCUGCAGGCACAGUACAGCACGAAAUCUGCUUUGGAAAACAUGUUAUCCGAGACCCAGUCUCGGUACUCCUGCAAGCUCCAGGACAUGCAAGAGAUCAUCUCCAACUAUGAGGAGGAACUGAUGCAGCUACGCCAUGAACUGGAGCGGCAGAACAACGAAUACCAAGUGCUGCUGGGCAUCAAAACCCACCUGGAGAAGGAAAUCACCACAUACCGACGGCUCCUGGAGGGAGAGAGUGAAGGGACACGGGAAGAAUCAAAGUCGAGCAUGAAAGCGUCUGCAACUCCAAAGAUCAAGGCCAUAACCCAGGAGACCAUCAACGGAAGAUUAGUUCUUUGUCAAGUGAAUGAAAUCCAAAAGCACGCAUGAGACCAAUGAAAGUUUCCGCCUGUUGUAAAAUCUAUUUUCCCCCAAGGAAAGUCCUUGCACAGACACCAGUGAGUGAGUUCUAAAAGAUACCCUUGGAAUUAUCAGACUCAGAAACUUUUAUUUUUUUUUUCUGUAACAGUCUCACCAGACUUCUCAUAAUGCUCUUAAUAUAUUGCACUUUUCUAAUCAAAGUGCGAGUUUAUGAGGGUAAAGCUCUACUUUCCUACUGCAGCCUUCAGAUUCUCAUCAUUGUGCAUCUAUUUUGUAGCCAAUAAAACUCCGCACUAGC